AUGGAGGAAACCCUCAACAGCACCAUCGAUCCAGCUUGUUUACAAGAGCCACCGCUGGCCAUGGACGUAAUAAAGCAGCUAGAUGUGUUUGAAUGGUGCCUGUACUCCAUGCUCACCUUCAUGUCCUGCGUCUCCCUGCUGCUGUACUUGGAGCAGUGCGUCUAUAUUUAUAAAAAACUGCCCUACCCCAAGAAGACGACCCUCAUCUGGAUAAGUGGUGCAGCACCAGUCAUCGCCACCAUGUCUUGUUUUGGGAUGUGGAUCCCGAGGGCCGUCAUGUUCACCGACAUGACAUCUAACUGUUAUUUUGCAGUCGUGGUCUAUAAGGUCUUGGUUCUGAUUAUCGAGGAGUUUGGGGGCAGCGCUGCUUUCCUGAAGCGGUUUUCCGGUAAACCCCUUUUAAUCCGCACAGGACCGUGCUGCUGCUGCUGCCUCUGUUUACCCCGCGUGCCCAUGUCACGGCGAUUGUUGUUCUACCUGAAGUUGGGUGUCCUUCAGUAUGCAAUCCUAAAGACGGUUCUCUCCAUCCUCGCCAUAGUGUUGUGGACAAACGGCAACUUUGAUCUUGCUGAUCUGGAGAUCACUGGUACAGCCAUUUGGAUCAACCCAUUCAUUGGAGUUCUCACGAUCAUCUCCCUUUGGCCUGUUGCCAUCAUCUUCAUGAACACCAACAGCUUUCUACGCGGCGUCAAAAUUGUACCCAAGUAUGCAAUCUACCAGCUUAUACUUGUCCUGAGUCAGCUGCAGACUUCAAUCAUUAACAUCCUGGCCCUGGAUGGGACCAUCGCCUGUGCGCCUCCCUUCUCAUCUCAGGCUCGUGGCUCCAUGCUAAGUCAGCAGAUGAUGAUCAUGGAGAUGUUCAUCAUCACUCUGGUUAAUCGGUGGUUGUACCGUCGAACAUAUGACGAACUUCCCUCUGAGGCUCAUGACAAUGACAAGAACGCUGAGGUGGCCCUGAAGAGUACUCUCGUCGAGCAUGACGUCUAA